UUCACUCACUCUCAAAAUGGCGUCUUUGCUGUGUUGACUGUUGCUGUGUUUUUUGGUUAGGUUAUCCUAAUUUUGCGUAGAAAAAGGACAAAUCUGCUUAAAUUGUAGUAAUGUAACAAUCUCUAGAUAUUAUUAUUAAUUUUAUCUACUGAAAACUACGAUGGCUGUGUCGAAAUCAACUAAUACCUACAAUCGUCAAAAUUGGGAAGAUUCCGAUUUCCCAAUUCUUUGCCAAACAUGUCUUGGAGAUAAUCCUUAUAUCCGUAUGACAAAAGAAAAGUAUGGCAAAGAAUGUAAAAUUUGUGCUCGUCCCUUCACCGUUUUCCGCUGGUGCCCUGGCGCUCGGAUGCGCUUCAAGAAAACAGAAGUGUGCCAAACCUGCUCCAAGCUCAAAAAUGUUUGCCAAACGUGCUUGUUGGACCUUGAGUAUGGACUACCGAUCCAAGUGCGAGAUGCGGCACUGAAAAUACAAGAUGACCUACCUCGUAAUGAAGUCAAUAAAGAGUAUUACAUCCAGAAUUUAGACAGUCAGAUGUCUAAGUUUGAUUCCACUCAACCCAGCAAUUCUGCUUUGAAAUCCAAGGGUGCCAAUGACUUGCUGCUACGUCUUGCCCGUACAGCACCUUAUUACAAGCGGAAUAGACCCCAUGUUUGUUCAUUCUGGGUGAAAGGAGAGUGUAGAAGAGGAGAGGAAUGUCCGUAUCGUCAUGAGAAACCAACUGACCCAGAUGAUCCAUUAGCUGAUCAAAAUAUCAAGGACAGAUACUAUGGUGUGAAUGAUCCCGUAGCUGAGAAGUUGAUGCGGCGCGCUGCUGCCAUGCCAGCUCUGCCUCCUCCGGAAGACAAGACUGUCACUACAUUGUAUGUCGGCAACUUGCCUGAUAACAUCACAGAGGAUGAACUGAGAGGAAACUUCUAUCAGUAUGGAGAGAUUAGGUCUCUGACUCUAGUGCCCAGAGCUCAAUGUGCCUUUGUCCAGUACACCACCAGGUCAGCAGCGGAGCAUGCUGCUGAGAAAACUUUCAACCGGCUGGUGUUGUCUGGGAAGAGACUCACUAUCAAGUGGGGCAAGUCACAAGGCCGUCAAGGUGCUAUGGAGAAGAACGAGGCGAUGCCGGACCUGCCUCCGGUGCCGGGGCUGCCGGGCACGCUGCCGCCGCCGCCCGCCUUCCUGCAUCCAUUCCCGCCACAGAUGGCGCCACCACCAAACCGGCCGAACGACUUCUUCAACCUGCACCACUACCCACCGGGGCCGAGCUGGGGCUGGCCCGCGCCGCCGCUGCCGCCGCCGGCCGCGCCCGCCGCGCUGCACUACCCCAGCCAGGACCCCAGCCGCCUCGGCGCGCACGCACACGUCAACACGCCGCAGACAUGAUGCGCGACCACAGACACGGCAGAGUAGGCGCCACAGAGUAGUGGGACUAACGCCAGAAUGCCUAUGAGGAAAUGUCAGAAUAAUUAUGAAAAUGAUUAUAUUGUACAUCAGUUAUUUUGAGUUUUCCUGUAGUCUGUCGAUGGUGGAUAGAAGUAAGAUACGUUAGUUUCACUAUAAAUGGAGCCUUCCCUUAUCCUUUGCCUUUGAGAGUACCAAUUUGUGUGUAUGUUAACAGUUGUCUGCAAUGACUGGCACUCUUAUCAAAAGCAUGUGGUACUGUUGUGGUGUUGGAAGUAGUUGGAACUGCUGAUGAAGAGGUGAAUGUUAUAAAUUAAUCAGGAUACCUAUAGGAUAGGUUACCUAACUAUCCUUUGCUAUAAUUUUAAGGGCAAGCGCUCAGGUAAUAUUUUAAUUAAGUUUUGCAUUGUGUUCUCGUCUUAUAUCUCUUUGUCCUUUUCUAUUGGACGAAUAAAUAUGUCUGUUGUUUUAUGAAACCAAAAUAUAAUAAAAAAACAGUAAUUUUAAUUAUUUUAGGACCAGUAUAUGCGUUUUUAUGCAAAUAAGCAUGAAUCAAUAUUUAAGUUCUAUCCUCUACCAACUCUCUGUAUAGAAUUGAACGCGUUAUUACUGUAAAUAUACCUAGGUAAGGAAGAUCUGUUUUUAAUUUCUAACCUUAUUUCAUUUAGUUCAGCUAUGGACUAAGAAAAACAACAAUAUUGCAUCAGAAACUAUAUUUAAUCAUUAAUAAGUUUAACAUGACUUAAUUGUUACAAAACAUUUUAAACAUACAUAAAUAGAUAAAACUACAUGCCUCUUACCAUUAUCUGGGUAAGGACGGUAUGUCAAUAAUUUACACUAGAAACUAGGCCCAGAUACAAUAUUAAUGAACAAUGCGUGUUAAAAUACGAUACAUCAAUGUUAAAGAUUUAAUUAAAUAUAUCAGUUCAAGAUGCGGUUACUUUUUGUAUGUUAAAGCACAAGUGUAUACGUGGCCUUAUACUUAUUAUUCUGGUUUGUUACGAUUGUUAAGUUAUAUUGUUUAAGUUCCGGAGUUCGUUAGUCCAAUGACUAGUUUAAUUGUUGCUUAAACCUUUACCUCUCUUACACUAUAUUUUAUA